GGAAGUGAAACUGUGAUGCUUUUAAUGCCACAUUUAAAACCUUCGGAGCUGCUUCCCUGCGACUUUAGGAGAGCUGUGGGUAAGACUUGCCUCCUGAUCAGUUACACUACCAAUGCAUUUCCUGGAGAAUACAUCCCCACUGUCUUUGACAACUACUCUGCCAAUGUCAUGGUGGAUGGAAAACCUGUGAAUCUGGGCUUGUGGGACACAGCCGGACAAGAAGAUUAUGACCGAUUACGCCCCCUGUCCUACCCGCAGACAGUUGGAGAAACGUAUGGUAAGGAAAUACCUUCCAGGGGCAAAGACAAGCCGAUUGCCGAUGUAUUCUUAAUUUGCUUUUCUCUUGUGAGUCCUGCAUCAUUUGAAAAUGUUCGUGCAAAGUGGUACCCUGAAGUGCGACACCACUGUCCCAACACACCCAUCAUCCUGGUGGGGACAAAACUUGACCUGAGGGACGACAAAGACACGAUCGAGAAGCUGAAGGAGAAGAAGCUGACGCCCAUCACCUACCCGCAGGGCUUGGCCAUGGCCAAGGAGAUCGGUGCCGUCAAAUACCUGGAGUGCUCGGCGCUCACGCAGCGAGGCCUCAAGACAGUGUUUGAUGAAGCGAUCCGGGCGGUUCUCUGCCCGCCCCCCGUCAAGAAGAGGAAGAGAAAGUGCCUGCUCUUGUGAACAUCCGCCCCCCACUGCGCCCCCCAGGACCCUUUGUAUGCUUUGCUCAGAGGUGGCGCCUUCGCACUCAAUGCCAAGUUUUUGUUACAGAUUAGUUUUUCCAUAAAACCGUUUUGAACCAAUCAGUAAUUUCUAGGUUUUGUUUGUUUAAAGUGUAAGAGUUCAAACUUUCACAUUCUAUUAAAGUUCAGCCCUAAAAUGACAAGCUUCCUUAAAGCCUUAUUUUUCAAAGCCCCUAUUCUUGCUCAGAGUUGCCAAAAUACUUUGUGAACUAAGUUGCAUUGUUGGGCUAAGAACACUAAGCGCUAAGCUGUGGAAAGACCUUUGUCUGGAAGACUGUAGCUUUGGAGGCAGGAGGUGCAGACCCUCGCUGACAAGUUUCAGGCGAGAAGAGCGCGCACAGCCUCCUUCCUGAAACGCUGCACCUAACGAGUCACGAUGUCGCAGCCCACGUUCACUACCUAACACUGUACUGUACGUCAGCGCGCACGGGCCUAACAGCUCGCUCUUUGGAUCAGUCUUUUUGAUUUUGUAGUGAGAUUUUUUAAAACAAGUUAGUGUUUUAGCUCUUGUGAGAUUCUUAACAGAACUCAGUGCUCCCUGUGAUGAAGAGUUCUGUCCGUGGGUGCCCUGGGGUGGAGUGUGUGGGACGCUUGUCAUCAAAGGAUGGAGACAGUAUUUUGACAAAAUGUGGAGAUUAAUUUACACUACAUUGUACACGUAAUCAUUAAAACUGUUAAAAGCAUCACGGGUAAAGGUUUUUAAAGGUUAAUUUCUGUCAAAUGCGGUAGAUAAAGAAAGGUCGGUAUUAUCAGUGAGUGUUUUAUUCAGCUUUUCCUUUUCCUAAACCUGCCCACCCCUUCUGAAAUUGGGCAUUUAAUCCAUCUUUGACCUGGUCAUCCUCAUAGUUGCUAACUUAGUAAGUGCUUUUCUUAUAGAGCCCAUUCUUAAUGAGCAAUAUGCCUCCUUGUAUUAUAAAAUCUUUCUGAAUAUGCAUUAGAAAAUUUUUUUGUAGGUUAGUAAAAGUGCACUCCUGUUUUCAUGUUGCUUUACUCAACGCUAAUAAGUGCUCUCCUUAGUUUCCUAGUAAACUCGGUGUAAAAAUCGUGUUGCAGCUUUAUGUUUUUUAAGAUACUUCAGAUAAUUCCUAAACUGUAAGCCUCACCGUCACUGGCCAGAUGACCGACACCGCACCGUGACUAACGACUGACCCCUCCUGCCUCACCGCGUGCACACGCUUCCUGUCCUUGCCCUAACCAUGUUUCUUGGGGUCUGUGAGGUUCCGUCAGCCCCGUGCUCGUGCUAACGAAGUUCUGUACAACUUACCCACUGGCAAGAAUACGAGCUUGGACCUUUCAACCACUAGAACAAAAUUUUUUAAAUUGACAGUUGCAGAAUUGUGGAGUGUUUUUACAUUGAUCUUUUGCUAACGCGAUUAGCAGUAUGUUUUGCAUGUAUGACUUAAUAAAUCCUUGAAUCAUA